AUGGCCAAUACUGUCGACGAGGCCCCUCAGAAUACACGAAUCCCUCUCUGGCGACUAGUUUUCGAUCAAGGAUGCAUCACAAAAGUUAUCACAGACCACAACUAUAGAGGAACUGGAACCGAGGAGGACCCUUUCGAGGUAUCAUGGCUUGAUAACGAUAUUCGAAAUCCGAUGAAUUUCGGCAUUGUGUUCAAAUGGGCGAUGACACUUCUCGUCGGCCUUGACACAUUUGCGAUCGCGUUGGUGUCAUCUGCCUACUCAGGGUCUGUCAAUGAAAUCGUCGCCGACUUUCGCAUCAGCGAGGAGAUCGCACUUCUCGGUAUAUCCCUUUUUGUUGUCGGGUUUGCCGUUGGUCCUCUCGUCUGGGCACCGCUCAGCGAGAUUUAUGGUCGUCGAUACAUUCUCAUUGCGAGUUCGGCCGGUUUGACAGCAUUUGCCGCAGGGUCGGGUGGCUCGCAGAACAUUGAGACCUUGAUCAUCCUCCGGUUCUUCGCUGGAGCGCUUGGUUCUGCACCUUUUGCGGUCGCAGGUGGUGUCAUCGCAGACUCAUUCCCCGCCAUUAGUCGCGGACUGGCAAGUGGUCUAUUCUGCGCUGCGCCAUUCCUUGGACCAACAGUUGGACCUAUCGUGGGUGGUUUCUUGUCUGAAUCGGCCGGUUGGCGAUGGGUUGAGUACACGGUUGCGAUAUUCGCAGGAGUUCUUGGUAUUGCGGUGAUAUUCCUAUUACCAGAGACCUAUGCCCCUGUGCUACUACAGAAGCGAGCACACAGUCUUUCACAAAAGACCGGCAAGGUUUAUCGAAGCAAGCUUGAGAUUGAGCAAGGCAAGAAGAAUAUCGGCCAAGUUUUCAAGGUUGCCCUCUCUCGCCCCUGGGUACUGCUUUUCCGCGAACCAAUCGUUCUUUUGUUGUCGAUUUACCUUUCAAUCGUCUACGGGAUUCUGUACCUCUUAUUCGCAGCCAUGCCGAUCGUCUAUCAGCUGGAACGUGGCUGGAGUGAGGGCGUCGGCGGUCUAUCGUUUCUCGGCGUCCUUGUUGGAAUAAUGUUUUCCACCGUCACAAUCUUUCCGAUCUAUUUCAGUUAUAAAAAGAAGGCCCUCGCCACAAAUGGCCUUUUGGCGCCCGAAGCGCGACUACCUCCUGCUUUUGUUGGCGCUGUGUCGCUCACUGUCGGUCUCUUUUGGUUUGCCUGGACGAAUUCUCCCUCAAUUCAUUGGAUGGCUUCCAUAGCCGCGGGAGUCCCGAUUGGUUACGGAAUGAUCAUGGUAUUCCUGCCAAUCUUGAACUACCUCAUUGACACUUAUACGAUCUAUGCAGCAUCCGUACUGGCUGCUAAUGCUUCGUUGCGCUCACUAUUCGGUGCAGCAUUUCCACUCUUUACCACAUAUAUGUAUGGGAGCCUCGGUAUUCACUGGGCGACUUCAGUGACUGGUUUUCUGGCCCUUGCUUGUAUGCCGAUGCCAUUUAUCUUUUACAAAUAUGGACCCGCGAUCCGUCAGCGUUGCCACUAUGCCGCACAGUCGGAGGACUUCAUGAAAAUGCUCUACGGUAAAUCAAAAGAGCAACAAAAAGAUACGGAAAGCAAGGUUUCAGAAGAUAACGACAGCACGAUGUCUGAAUGA